AUGACAUUCAAAAGGGACAACAUAACAGAUUACAGUAGAAUUACAAACACAUGUCCUACCAUGAGUCUGUUCCGAGACGGUUCCAAAUUCUUUUCAAUAGACAUAGAACUAUUGCUUUUAUCAGAUGAUGACCCUUUGGAUCCUGGCCCAAAACUGCGAAGACCAGAUAAAGACUUGGAAGAAUGGACUUUCUCUUUGGCCAAUAUCAAAAAAGCAGAGAUUCUAGGAUCAAUUUCAGAAAGAGGUUCUAAAGUGCAUAUGUUUGCGAUGUUGCUAGAGGUUAAAGUACCACGGCCACGUCCAUGUAGCCAGAAAAGCACAAACUUGCACAAACACUCCUCUUCUUCGCCAGCAAAAGAAUGCGUCCGAAAAACUCAAUCUUCUAGUUAUCAACAACUAGAUUUCAAUGUUCAGGGUCCUAUAACUAGAUCCAGAGGUUCUGAUCUUAACAAAUUGGUAUCAGAGAAGGUGGUUAUGGGAGAUUUCCGUUCCUUUCAGCAACAAUUUGAGACUUUCCUCAAGAUGUAUGAGGAAAAUAGAGAUCGAGAUCGUCAGGAACGAGAGCAAGACCGUGCACUGAUGGCAGCACAGCAACAAGCACUAGCCGGACGAUUAGAUGAAUUGUCACGGGAAUUGUCCACUGGAAGGCCUGAAGGACGUGCAAAAGCCAUCAACAUUAAUGUUAAGCAGCAAAAAGCAGUUAAAAUCGUGUUGGGUGGUGCCAUGAGAGGCGCACACAGUGGUCCCGACCUCGAGAUGACGACACUGAUUAUCCUGAACCUGCCGGGAAACUGGUCGGAAACGCCUGGCCAGCUCCUCAACUUCCAGCUCCGUCUUGAAACCCCCCGCAGAGAAGGUCACUUGAUACACCUCCGGGGAGCACGAGUAUUUCACGGUAAGGGUCUGGGCCACCAUGUUCAACGCCACCGAGACACUGUACCAGGCAUCGUCUUCCGCUGCUUUGAAUUCCAAAGUAGCCGUCCGUCGGGGACUCGGGCAGUUGGGCGAAGGUGGAGGAGAAGGGAAAGUGGUUGCGUGCGGCCCAAACGGAAGACGCCGACGGUGUUGACGUUAGGCCCAGUUGUGGUGGAUGGCGAGGUAGGCGGCGAGCGGGUCCGGAACUAUGCUAAAUUGCUAAGGACUGGCUAUGUGGCUCAAGCCUCAAGGGAUUUUAAUUGA